AUGGCAAAUAACGAGCAUCGUGAUUACAUGAUGCCAGCAAUUGAGCAGCGAAUAAAUGAAUUACUAAAACGUCGAAUAUUUGUUAUGGAAGGAAUGCCUGUUGAAACGACAAAAGAAAAAUUGGCUAAAUACAAAGAGUUAAGAUCAUCAAGGCAAAGUACAUUCAAAACAAUUCAUCAAAAUGUUCUUGACGUUGUUGGAUUUAUUUUAAAUACCGACACUGAAACAUUGGAAAAUGGAAUACUUGAUGAUGCUGAGUACGUAAAGAUUUUUACAAAUUUUUUUGUCAAGGAUGGACGUAAAGCUGCUGUUGUUCAUUAUCAACCAAUGGGUCCACCUCCAUUUGAAUCUGGCAGAUGGAGUUCAUACUCAAAAGAUCCAAUGAUGCUUCGUUGUUGUGUUACUGAUGGAUCAAGCGAAAAAUUAUCAUCAAAAUGUGUUGUUAUUUAUCGAAUUAAUUCUAAUAGUGAUUUAGAAUCAAAACAACUUAUUGAGGAUACACAAUAUGCUUGCAUUGAUUUUAUUGAUACGACAAAUCCUCUUGCUGGAAUAUCUAAAUUUGUAACAAAAUUAAAUAAGCCAUCAAUUGAAUUGACUGGUCAAUGGGGAAAAUUAUCAACAAAUGCACCUGGAAAAAAAAUACAAAAAGAUUUUUUAGGAGAUUUUAAUGAUUUUUGUAAUUUUCUUAAUUUAAUUUAUUUGGAUUUACAUAACAUUCCAAAGUUUGAUAAAUACACAGAUAUUUAUGAUAAUUAUCUUUCGACAAAUGAUAAAUUAUUGGCAAGUUUAAAGAGUUAUGAUGUCAUUGUGAUUAUUGAAAAAUGUGUUGCAACAUGGAUGAGAACAAUGGAGACAGCUCUUGUUGAGAGUCAACAACUUCGUCGUGAAACUGAAAAUGUUGGACCAACUGAUGAACUGGCAAGUUGGCGUACAAUUUUAUCAUGUUUUUGUUCAAUAAUUGAACACAUAGAGACUCCAAGAUGUCAAGCAUUCAUUGAAUUUAUCACAAAAGCUAGAUCAAAGCUUGUAAAAAAAUGGAAAAAAUUAGAAAAAGAUGUAACAACAUUGCAAAUACUUUCAUUUGAUAAUGUCAAGUAUCUUUAUUCACUUGAAAAAUUUACAAAACCAUUAUACAGACUUGGACCAACUGAAAUUGGUAAUCAUUUACCAUCUUUAAUGCAUGCUGUUAAAAUGAUUCAUUCAACAUCAAGAUUUUUUAAUUGUCGUCGUAUGGUAGCAGCAAUAUUUGUUAAAAUAACAAAUCAAAUAAUUUUAUCAUGCAAAGCACAUUUAAAUGAAAAUGGUAAACAAGAUAUUUGGUGUGAUUCAAAAGCAGCUGUUAUAUCAAGAAUGAAAGAUUGUAUCAGAGUAUAUGAACAAUACUAUGAAGCAUAUAAUAAUAUGAAAAAAAGUAUUGAUUUAAUUGAUGAAAAACCAAUUGAAAUAUCACAAAUACAUGUGUUUGGAAAAUUUGAAAAAUUUACAAAUAGAUUAUCAAAAGUAAUUCAUGUGUUAGAAACAAAUUUAGCACAAUCAAUUCUUUACAGUUCUUCACUAUAUGGAAUUGAUGAAUAUACUAAAAAAUUUACAGAUACAUUUAAACAAAUAACAAGUCAUAAAUGUGAUCCUCUAAAUCAUCGUACAGCUGAUUUUGAUAUUAAUUAUGAUGAAUUUACUAAAAAUAUAUCAACAAUUGAACUUAAAAUGCGUGAAUAUUUUUUUAAUACAAUUGGAGAAGCACCAAAUAUUGAUGAAGCACUUCGUUUAGUUGUCAGAUUUGAAAAGCUUAAAUUUAGUAGAUUAUGGAUUGAUAGAAAAUACUUGGAGCUAGAGUCAAUGUAUCAGCAAGAAAUUGAACAAAUACGAGAUCGUUAUAAUGCUGAUAGAUCAUCACCAGUAUUACCAAGAAAUAUUCCACCAGUUGCUGGUAGAAUAAUAUGGAUUCGUCAACUAUGUAAACGUAUUCAAGGACCAAUGAAUAUAUUUAAAAAACAUGAAAAAGUCAUAACACAUGAACGUCUACAAAAAUGUAUUAAAAAAUAUAAUUCAUUUGUCAGUGUAUCACUUUAUUAUGAAAUGAUUUAUCACAAAGCAUGGUAUGAUUCAUCAGAGGUUGUUAGAUUAGCUUUAACAUCACCAGUGUUAGUAAGAAAUCCAACAACAAACAAGUACGAUGUUAAUUUUGAUCCUUAUAUCAUUGAAGUUAUACGAGAAGCUGAACAUAUGUUUAGAUUAAAUUUACCUGUACCAGAGUUCAUACAAAUAAUAACAUUUUGUGAAGAUAGAAUAUUAUCUGGUUAUGAAAAAAUUAAAAAACUUGUCAAUGAUAAUAACAAUGUUAGAAAAUCAAUUCCAAGUAUAUUUUUAAAUAUGAUGAAAUCAGCAUUACAAAAACUUGAAAUAUCAUUUUUACCAUUAUUAUCUGUUGUAACAUGGACGUCAUUAGAAAUUUCUGAUAUAUCAAAUGACAUUGAUAAUGUUAUACAAAGUAUAAAGCUAUUUACCAAAGAAAUAAUGGACAUUAGAGAAGCUAGAAUUGAUAGAGUAUUUCAGGCAAUUUCGAAAAUUAAAAUUAUUAAAUUUUUUGAUCAAGCAUAUACACCAUAUGAUUUUGCAAGAUAUAAUAAAAAAUAUGUUGAUGAUAUAUUAAUUGAAUUACAAAUUAAAUCAAGUUCUGCUGAAAAAGCUGUCAUGGAAAUAAUCAACAAGUGUUUAGGUCUUUUUGAUGAAUCAUCAGAGCUGGAACAAAGUGAAGCCAACAAAUAUGAGUGGUUGGAUAUUGAUAAAAUCAAUAGACCAGUUUGGUCACAAGCCAAGCUAGAUAAAAGUCCAUUUGAACCAGGCUUUGAUGUAAUUGAUACUGAUAUUAAACUUGAUAAAACUUCAAUAUACAAUGAUUGUUUAGAAGUUUUUACAUAUUUUAAUAAUCGUUUUAUUGAGGCUUUAAUUAAUUGUACAAAAAAUUCAUUGGAUUUGUUGAAGAAACGAGUCAGUGUAUCGAGUAAUUUAGUGGUAAAAGAAGAUACAAUCCAAGUUGAUGGACCAUUAUUAUUGACUCAAUUUAUUUUACAAAUACCUAGUAUUGCAAUUGUACCAACAAUUGAUGAAUUACAGUUACAUUUUGGUAAUGUAGUUAAUAAUUUAAUUAGUGUACAUAAAGACAUAACUAUUUGGGGACAAAAAUAUUUUUUAUUAUCGAUGAAAAGAAAUACUCUUGGUAUAGAAACAAUUGAUGAGGAUGAGCUGAGAGUUUUAAAGACGUAUGAACAAAUUGUGUCUGGUCAUAAAGAAAUAAUUCGUUCAUCAAUGAGUCUUCAAGGAACAGUUUUGACACUUCGAAAUGACAUUGCUUUGCUUGGAAAUUAUGUUAAAAAAUAUAAACAUGUGUGGACAGAAGAGCGAGAUAAUGAAAUACAAAAGAUUAUCGACGAUGAGCCAACAACACAAGACAUUAGAGAAAAAUUUGUUGAAUAUGAUAAUUUAGUCAACGAAAUAAAUAAUCUUCCAGAGUUUCAUGUUCUUGGUCCAGUUGAAGUUAACAUGGAUAAAUUAAAACUAGCACUGUCAUUAGAAGCAAAAGCAUGGAAAUCAUCAUAUGGUACUAUAUUGACUACAUGGAUUAAGUCAAAGUUAAAACACCUCACUGAUUAUAUCAGUGAUAAAAAUAAAACACUUGGAAGAACAAUAAAAGAUCUUGAAGAUGUUAGAAUUGGAAUGGCAUGUUUAAAUAGUAUUCGAAAUGAUUUUAUUAGUCUUGAUAUGGAAUUAAUUCUAAGAGAUGAAUUGUUGAUAAAUAAAUUUAAUAUUAAUUUGAUUUGUUGAUAGGACAUUUGUUUAAAUUAAAUUUAUUUAAAAGAAAUUAAUUUUAAUAUAAUUUUUAAGGCAAAACAAGUACAAAGUAUUAUUUGUGAUAUGCAAGAACCAUUGAGAAAUGAAUUAACAGAUGGUGUUAAUAUUUUAAUUAAAAAUGUCGAAGAAUUUGAUAUAGAUUUUGAGAUUAAUGGACCAAUGGUUGAGGGUAUUCCAGCUGCAGAAGCUAGUGAAAGAGUUAUUCUUGCACAAGCAAGGUUUGAUGAAUUAUGGGAACGUUAUCAGACUUUUAGCAGUGGUGAAAUUUUAUUUGGUAUUGAAGUAACUCAAUAUCCUGCACUUGAAAAACGAAAAAAAGAAUUAAAUUUAUUACAAAAAUUAUAUAGCUUGUAUCUUCAAGUUUUACAAUCAAUUGAUGGGUAUUAUGAAAUUCCAUGGACUGAAGUUGAUACAGAAAUUAUUAUCGCUGAACUUGGAGAAUUUCAAAUAAGAUGUCGAAAAUUGCCAAAAGCAAUGAAUAGCUGGCCAGCAUAUAUUGAUUUAAAAAAAAAAAUUGAUGACUUUAGUGAAACAUGUCCAUUGCUUGAAUUAAUGGCAAAUGAAUCAAUGAAAGAUCGUCACUGGGAAAGAAUGUCAGCAUUAUGCAAGUAUGAAUUUAAUGUUACUGCAGAGGGUUUUACUUUGGCACAAGUCCUAAAAGCACCACUAUUAAAAUACAAAGAUGAAGUUGAGGAUAUAUGUAUUAGUGCGAGUAAAGAAAAAGAUAUUGAAAGUAAAAUUCGUCAAAUUGUUGCUGACUGGUCAAUUGUUGAUUUGAAAUUUUCUAAUUUUAAACAAAGAGGUGAAUUAUUGCUUCAAGGAACUGAGACUAAUGAAAUUGUUGCACAGCUUGAAGACAGUUUGAUGGCUGUCAGUUCACUUUUAGCAAAUCGUUAUAAUGCACAUUUUAAAAAAGAUAUACAACUUUGGCAAAAAAAAUUGAGUAACACAUCUGAGAUAUUAGCUAAAUGGCUAAUGGUACAAAAUUUAUGGGCAUAUCUUGAGGCUGUGUUUAUUGGUGGUGACAUAGCUAAGCAACUUCCAGCUGAAGCUAAACGUUUUUCAAAUAUUGAUAAAGCAUGGGUUAAAUUAAUGCUACGUGCUCAUGAAAAAAUAAAUGCUGUUGAAACAUGUACUGGUGAUGAAACAAUGGGACAACUUCUUCCUCAUUUAUUGGAACAAUUAGAAUCAUGUCAAAAAUCAUUGAGUGGUUAUUUAGAAACAAAAAGAAGUGCCUUUCCAAGAUUUUGUUUUAUUUCCGAUCCAAGUUUAUUGGAAAUAUUGGGACAAGCUACAGAUUGUCAUACUAUUCAAAAUUAUCUUGAUGGAUUAUUUGAUAAUAUUGCAAAAUUGGAAUUUUCACCAACUGAUUAUGAAAUGAUAAAAGCAAUGUAUUCUCGUGAAAAUGAAAAAGUUGUAUUUGACAAAGAGGUAAUGUGUACAGGUGGUCUUGAAAAUUGGUUGGUUUUACUUUUAAAAAUGCAUCAACAAUCUGUUGGAAGUGUUAUAUCACAAGGGCUACAAUUAUUAGCUCAACCAAAUACAGAAAUUUUACACUUGAUUGACGAGUCUAUUCUUCAGGUUGGUUUAUUGGCUCUUCAAGUACUGUGGACACGUAAUUCUGAAAUUGCUAUUUUAACAUCUAGACGUGAUAAAACAAUUAUGAAAAAAACAAAUCAAUAUUUUUUGGAUAUACUCAAUGGACUCAUUGAAGUUACAAUUAAAGAUUUAUCAAAAUAUGCUAGGCUUAAGUACGAGGCACUUAUUACUAUUCACGUUCAUCAAAGAGAUAUUUUUGAUGAAUUAUGUCGAAUGAAAAUUAAAAGUAUUCAAGAUUUUGAGUGGCUUAAACAGGCACGAUUUUAUUACAAUGAAGAGACUGAAAUUGUUUUGAUUAAAAUAACAGAUGUUGAUUUUGUAUAUCAAAAUGAAUUUUUAGGAUGUACUGAUCGUCUUGCCAUAACACCAUUGACUGAUAGAUGUUACAUAACUUUAUCCCAAGCUAUUGGAAUGAAUUUUGGUGGUGCUCCAGCUGGUCCUGCUGGAACAGGAAAAACUGAAACAACAAAAGACAUGGGUAAAGCACUUGGUAAAUAUGUUGUUGUAUUUAAUUGUUCUGAUCAAAUGGAUUUUCGUGGACUUGGUAGAAUUAUUAAGGGACUUGCUCAAGCUGGUGCUUGGGGAUGUUUUGAUGAAUUUAAUCGUAUUGAUUUACCAGUACUCUCAGUAGCUGCCCAACAAGUGGCAAGUGUUUUAACAGCACGUAAAGAAAGACGUUCAACUUUUAUUUUUAGUGAUGGUGAAAGUUAUUCAAUUGACUAUGAAUUUGGUUUAUUUAUUACUAUGAAUCCUGGCUAUGCUGGACGUCAAGAAUUACCGGAAAAUUUAAAAAUACAAUUUCGUAGUGUUGCCAUGAUGGUACCAGAUAGACAAAUUAUUAUGAGAGUUAAAUUAGCAGCUUGUGGAUUUAAAGAAAACAUAAUUUUAUCACGUAAAUUUUUUACAUUAUAUAAAUUAUGUGAAGAACAAUUGAGUAAACAAGUUCAUUAUGAUUUUGGUCUUCGUAAUAUAUUGUCAUGUUUACGAACACUUGGAGCACAAAAAAGAGCACGUCCAACAGACUCAGAAGAGACAACAUUAAUGAGAGUUCUUCGUGAUAUGAAUUUAUCAAAAUUAGUUGAUGAAGAUGAGCCACUAUUUAUGUCUCUCAUUGAAGAUAUGUUUCCAGGAAUAAAAUUAACACAACAAACAUAUAAAGAGCUACAAAAAGAAAUAACAAAUGCUACAAAUAAAUUUGGAAUAAUGAAUCAUCCUGAAUGGAAUUUAAAAGUAAUACAACUUUAUGAAACAUCAUUGGUACGUCAUGGAUUAAUGGUACUUGGUCCAACUGGAUCAGGUAAAACAAGAUGUAUGUGGACACUGAUGAGAGCAUUAACUGAAAUGAAUAUGCCUCAUAAAGAAUUGAGAAUGAAUCCAAAAGCAAUAACAGCACCACAAAUGUUUGGAAGACUAGAUGUUGCAACAAAUGAUUGGACUGAUGGAAUAUUUUCAACUCUUUGGCGUCGUUCAAUUAAUAUUAAACCACCAGAAAAUCUUUGGAUUGUUUUGGAUGGUCCAGUUGAUGCUGUAUGGAUUGAAAAUUUAAAUUCAGUUCUUGAUGAUAAUAAAACUCUUACACUUGCUAAUGGUGAUAGAAUAACAAUGACACCAAAUAGUAAAUUAGUUUUUGAACCAGAUAAUAUUGACAAUGCUUCACCAGCAACUGUAUCACGUAUGGGAAUGGUAUUUGUAAGUGCAUCUGUUUUAUCAUGGUUACCAAUUGUUCAAGGAUGGUUUAAAACACGAACAAAUCAUGAAGUUGAUAUUUUAAAUGAAUUAUUUAAUAAAUUAUAUGGUGAUGCUUAUAUUUAUGUUAAAACAAAAUUAGUUACAAAAAUGACAUUACUUGAAGCUAUUUAUAUUCGUCAGUGUAUUGAUUUACUAACUGGAUUAUUAAGAGAAGAAUAUACUGGUUCAAAAGUCACAGAUUCUCAAUUAGAACGAAUAUUUUUAUUUUCUGUAAUGUGGAGUCUUGGUGCAGUUCUUGAACUUGAUGCUCGUUUGUCUUUUCAAGAAUUUGUAUUGUCUCAUUCGUCUAAAUGUGACUGGCCAAAAUUGAACGAAGACGAGACAAUAUUUGAGUAUUUUGUUGAUGAAAAUGGUGAAUGGAUGCAUUGGAGUCAAAGAGUAACAACAUUUGAGUAUCCAUCGGAUUAUCUUUUGAGUUAUUCAAGUAUAUUAGUGCCAAAUGUUGACAAUACACGAACUCUAUUUUUAAUUGAAGUUAUUGCUAAACAAAAUAAAGCAGUUUUACUUAUUGGUGAACAGGGAACUGCUAAAACAGUUAUGCUAAAAAGUUUUAUGUCAAAUUAUGAUAAAAAUUAUCAUCUAAGUAAAUCAUUUAAUUUUUCAUCUGCAUCUACACCAAAUAUGGUUCAGAGAAUUCUUGAAAGCUAUGUGGAGAAACGUGUUGGCACAACUUAUGGUCCACCUGGAGGAAAAAAAAUGACUGUAUUUAUAGAUGAUAUUAAUAUGCCAGUUAUCAAUGAGUGGGGUGAUCAAAUAACUAAUGAACUUGUCAGACAAUUAAUGGAAUAUGGUGGUGUUUAUUCACUCGAUAAACCUGGUGAUUUUAAUGUUAUACAAAGCAUACAAUUUUUAGCAGCAAUGAUACAUCCUGGUGGUGGAAGAAAUGACAUUCCACCAAGAUUAAAAAGACAAUUUAAUAUAUUUAAUUGUACACUUCCUUCAAAUAAAUCAAUGGAUACAAUAUUCAGCUCAAUUGGAGAGGGAUAUUUUAGUUCAAGUAGAUUUCCUGAAAAUAUUGUUAAUUUUGUGCCAAAAUUAAUUCCUUUAACACGUGUACUUUGGCAACAGACUAAAACAAAAAUGUUACCAACACCAGCAAAGUUUCAUUAUGUAUUUAAUAUACGUGAUUUAUCACGUAUUUGGGAAGGUAUACUUCGUAUUAAAGCAGCUGAAUGUGAAACACCAAGAACACUAUUAAAACUUUGGGAUCAUGAAUGUACACGUGUUAUAUCUGAUAGAUUUAUUAGCUAUGAAGAUAAAGAAUGGUUUAGAAAUACUUUACGUUGUACUGUUGAAAUACUUAUGCCUGAUGAUUAUCAUUUGUAUGAUCCAGUUGAAACAUAUUUUGUUGAUUUUUUACGUGAACCACCUGAGCUAACUGGUUUUGAACCAGAUGAUUUUGUACUUGAAGCUCCAAAAAUUUAUGAAGAAAUUCCUAGUUAUAAAAUUACAAUUGAUAAAGUUAAAGAAAAUAUGAAACAAUUUAAUGAAACUGUUCGUGGUAUGUCACUUGAUUUGGUAUUUUUUCAUGAUGCUUUGGUACAUCUUAUACGAAUAUCAAGAAUACUAGGAGUACCAAGAGGCAAUGCAAUGCUUGUUGGAGUUGGUGGUUCAGGAAAACAAAGUUUAACUCGUUUAGCAACAUUUAUGGCUGGUUAUAAUUUUUAUCAAAUUAUGCUAACAAGAAGUUAUAAUGUUGCUAGUUUUCUUGAAGAUAUUAAAAAAUUAUAUCGUGAUUCUGGUACAAAAUCAACUGGUUUAACAUUUAUUUUUACUGAUAAUGAUGUUAAAGAUGAAGCAUUUCUUGAAUAUUUAAAUAAUGUGCUAAGUGUUGGUGAAGUUGCAAAUUUAUUUCCAAAAGAUGAACUUGAUGAAAUAUUAUUAAGUUUAAUACCAUUUAUGAAAAAAGAUGAUCCAAAAAAACCACCAACACAGGAUAAUUUAUAUGAUUAUUUUAUAUCGCGAGCAAGAAAUAAUCUUCAUAUUGUUCUUUGUUUUUCUCCAGUUGGUGAAAAAUUUAAAUCAAGAGCACUUAAAUUUCCUGGUUUAAUAUCUGGCUGUACAAUUAAUUGGUUUACAAGAUGGCCUAAAGAUGCAUUGUGUGCAGUUAGUGAACAUUUUUUGGGUAAAUAUGAUAUUCAAUGUUCACAUGAUACCAAAGAACAACUCAUUGAAAUAAUGGGUGAUGUACAAGAUUGUGUUAGUGAUACUUGUACAGAAUAUUACAAUAGAUUUAGACGACAAGCUUAUGUAACACCAAAAUCAUUUUUAUCAUUUAUUGAUGGAUAUAAAACAAUUUAUGAUCAACGAAUUAAUGAAAUUAAUGGUCUUGCACAUAGAAUGUCAAAUGGAUUAAGUAAACUUGUUGAUGCAACAAUUCAAGUUGAUGGUUUACAAAAAGUUUUACAAAAAAAUCAAGAAGAAAUUGCAAUUAAAAAUAUUCAAGUUGAUGGUAUAUUAAAAAUUGUAGAUGAAAAAAAACGUGAUGCUGAAGAAGUUAAAGAGGAAGUACAAAAAUCAAAAGAUAAAGCUGAAAAUUUAUUAAAAUUAAUAUCAUCAGAAAAAGCUAUUGCUGAAGAAAAAUUAAAAGUUGCUGAGCCAGAAUUAUUAGCUGCUGAAGCUGCUUUAUUAACAAUUAAAGCUACAGAUAUUUCAACUGUAAGAAAAUUAGGUAAACCACCUUAUUUAAUUACCCUAAUUAUGGAUUGUGUGCUUAUUUUAUUUGCAAGAAAAUUAGAAUUAGUUAAACAAGAUGUAGAACGUCAAUUUUUAAUACCAUCUUGGUCUGAAGCAUUAAAAUUACUAGCAGACACACGUUUUUUGUAUAAUUUACAAAAUUUUCCAAAAGAUAAUAUUAAUGGUGAAUUUGUUGACUUGAUGAGACCAUAUUUGACUCAUCCUCAGUACACCUAUGAUGCUGCUGUUCAAGCUUGUGGUAAUGUAGCUGGUUUAAUACAAUGGACAAUGUCAAUGGCAGCAUUUUAUGAAAUAAAUAAAGAUGUAUUGCCAUUAAAAGCAAAUUUAGCUGUACAACAAAUUAAACAUGAAAAAGCUAAUCAUAAUUUAGCUGAAGCUGAAAAAGUAUUACGUGCAAAAGAUGAAGAUUUAAGAAUUAUACAAAAAGAUUAUGAUCUUGUUAUGGAAGAACGACAAGAAAUUGUUAAUUUAGCUGAUGCAUGCCAAGAUAAAAUGGACACAGCAACAGCUAUGAUUGAUGGAUUAGCUGGUGAAAGAGUCAGAUGGACACAACAAUUAGCUAUGUUUAAAUCGGAAACUGAAAGACUCGUUGGUGAUGCUUUAAUUUUAACUGGAUUUUUAUCUUAUUGUGGACCAUUUAAUCAAGAAUUUCGUCAUUUAUUACAAAACACUUGGUUCAAAUUAUUGCAAACAAGAAGAAUUCCAUUUUCUGAGAGUAUUAGUAUUGUUGAAAGUUUAACUGACACCGCAACAACUGGUGAAUGGAAUAUACAAGGAUUACCAAAUGAUGAAUUAUCAAUACAAAAUGGUAUUAUUGUAACAAAAGCAACAAGAUAUUCAUUACUUAUUGAUCCUCAACUUCAGGGUAAAACGUGGAUUAAAAAUAAAGAGAAAAAUUUUGAUCUUCAAGUAACAUCAUUUAGUCAUAAAUAUUUUAGAACACAUUUAGAAGAUUGUAUUGCAUUGGGACGACCAUUAUUAAUUGAAGAUAUUGAUGAAGAAUUAGAUCCAGUACUUGAUAAUGUUCUUGAAAAAAAUUACAUAAAAAUUGGUACAACAUUAAAAGUAAAACUUGGUGAUAAAGAAGUUGAUGUUAAUCAAGAUUUUCGUUUUUAUAUAACAACAAAACUUCCAAAUCCAUCUUAUACACCAGAAAUAUUUGCACGUACAUCUGUUAUUGAUUUUACAGUUACAAUAAAAGGUUUAGAGGAUCAACUACUUGGUAGAGUUAUACUUACAGAAAAACGUGAAUUAGAAAUUGAAAGAACUCAAUUAAUGAUUGAUAUAACAUCAAAUAAAAGAGAAAUUAAAAAACUUGAAGAAAAUUUAUUACAUAAAUUAACAACAGUACAAGGUUCUUUAAUUGAAGAUGUAGAAUUAAUGACAGUACUUAAUAUAACAAAACGUACUGCUAGUGAAGUUACAACAAAAAUAACAAUUGCACGUGAUACAGAAAUACAAAUAAAUGCAGCAAGAGAAGAAUUUCGUCCAGUAGCAACACGUGGAAGUGUUUUAUAUUUUUUAAUUUGUGAUAUGUCAAAUGUAAAUUGUAUGUAUCAAACAUCAUUGGUACAAUUUUUAGAACGUUUUGAUCUUGCAUUAGAAAAAUCAGAAAAAAGUCCAGUAAAUAGUCGUAGAAUUAAUUUUAUUAUUGAAAUGUUAACAUAUGAAAUAUUUAGAUACAAAGCUCGUGGUUUAUAUGAAGAACAUAAAUACAUGUUUUUAUUAUUAAUGACAUUAAAAAUUGAUUUACAACGUGGUAAUAUUAGUCAUUUAGAAUUUCAAUUUUUAAUUAAAAGUGGUGCAGCACUUGAUUUAAAUGCUGUUCGUCCAAAACAUUGUAAAUGGAUACCUGACAUGACAUGGUUGAAUUUAGUUGCACUGUCAGCUUUGCAUCAAUUUCAGCAUAUUUUGUCAUUCAUUGAAGCAUCAGAAAAAGAAUGGAAAUAUUGGUAUGACACUGAUGCACCUGAGGAAGAAAUUAUUCCAAAUAAUUACAAUAAUUUAGAUACAUUACGUCGUUUACUUCUCAUCAGAGCAUGGUGCAUGGAUAGAACACUUUCACAGUCAAGAAAAUAUAUUGCUAGUUCAUUGGGUGAAAGAUAUACAGAGCCUGUUAUAACAUUGCUUGAUUCCAUGUACACUGAAUCUCGUCCAACAACACCAAUGAUAUGUUUUUUAAGUAUGGGCACUGAUCCAACACCUAGCAUUGAACGACUUGCUAAAAAAAUGGAAAUAAAAUGCAAGAGUAUAUCAAUGGGACAAGGUCAAGAAGUUCAUGCUCGACGUUUAUUAAAUGAUGCUAAAAAUAAAGGCUAUUGGGUACUUUGUCAAAAUUGUCAUUUAGGUCUUGGUUACAUGAACGAGCUGGUACAAUUUAUGAAUGACAUGACAUCAUCUCAUCAAGAUUUUAGAAUUUGGAUAACAACAGAAGCACAUAAAGAUUUUCCAAUUUCACUUCUUCAAAUGUCUAUUAAAUUUACUUAUGAACCACCUCAGGGUGUACGUGCGGGAUUAUUAUCUACAUACAGUGGUAUGAAUCAAGACAUGUUGGAUCAAUGUGAUGCUCCACAAUAUAUACCAAUUGUUUAUGCAGUAUCAUUUUUACAUACUGUCGUACAAGAAAGAAGAAAAUUUGGUCCACUUGGUUGGAAUAUACCUUAUGAAUUUAAUUCAUCUGAUUGGCUGGCUUGUUGUAUUUUUUUAAAUAAUUAUUUUAAUGAUUAUGAUCCAAAAAGAGGAAUAAGCUGGCAUACAAUUAGAUAUAUGAUUGGUGAGGUGCAGUAUGGUGGUAGAGUCACUGAUGAUUAUGACAAACGAUUGUUAAAUACAUUUGCUAAAGUAUGGUUUUCUGAAUCAAUAUUUAAUCCUGAAUUUGGUUUUUAUAAAGAAUAUCGAGUAUUAAAUUUUAAACAAGUACAAGAAUAUGUAACAGCAAUUGAUGCACUUCCAUUGAUUGAUCAACCUCAAGUUUAUGGGCUUCAUCGUAAUGCUGAUAUCACAUAUCAGAGUAGAACAACACAAUUAAUUCUUGAUACAAUAAUGUCAGUGCAACCAAAACAAUCAGCUGAAAGCAGUUCUGGUGAGACACGUGAAGGUAAUGUUAUGAGACAAGCAAAAGAAAUGUUGGAAAAAGUACCAUCAACGUAUGAUCCAUUUGAAGUUAGAGAUCGACUUUAUGCAAUGGGAAUAACUGAAUCUAUGAAUAUAUUUUUAAAACAAGAAAUUGAUCGUAUGCAACUUGUCAUUGCACUUGUUCAAAAGACACUCAAGGAACUUUUACUGGCUAUUGAUGGUUCAAUUGUUAUGAAUGAGCAAUUGAGAGAUACUUUGGAUAGUAUUUAUGAUGCAAGAAUUCCAAAAAUGUGGUUGUCACGUUCUUGGGAAUCAGCAACUUUAGGCUUUUGGUUUACUGAACUUCUUGAACGAAAUUUACAAUUUUCCAAUUGGAUAACACUUGGUCGUCCAGUUAAAUUUUGGAUGACAGGAUUUUUUAAUCCACAAGGAUUUUUAACUGCAAUGCGACAAGAAGUUACAAGAGCUCAUCAAGGCUGGGCACUUGAUAGUGUUACACUUCACAAUGAAGUUACGAGGCAAUCACGUGAUGAUGUUAGAAGUUCACCAGCUGAGGGUGUUUAUGUGUAUGGGCUAUAUCUUGAAGGAGCUGGUUGGGAUCGUAGAAACAACAGAUUACGUGAAUCUUCAAAUAAAGUUCUUUCAGUUGAAAUGCCAGUCAUUCAUAUAUUUGCUGUUUAUAAUAAACCCAACAAAGAUCCUCAUCUUUAUCAAUGUCCAGUGUACAAAAAACCUCAAAGAACAUACAUGCUUUUGGUAACACCACUUUGGCUUCAGACACUGAAAUCUCCUGAUUUUUGGACUUUUCGAGGAACUGCUUUACUUUGUGAUAAUAAAUAA